AUGGAUGGACUUCCUCAAGUCAGACCUCAAGUUGACAAUGGAACUAUAGUUCAUAUUGGCACCAAGUGGCUAUUCAACUUCUUCCGCUAUUACAAAGCAGAGCGACUCGACACAGAAAUACCAGCGGGAUCUCCGAUAGGCGUCCCCCGAGGCUUUUGUGACAACAACCAUAUUGACGGUGGUGACCCAUCCGACCGACUUGGGAGUAUCCCCUAUAUCGGGAAAUAUGGAUAUGAGCGAGGUCCCGGAAUAGUUGGAGGACUUUGGGCUGGGUUCAAAUACUUUCACGAAACCAAGGAAGUCUACUUCGCCCCUCUCUCAUGGGCUGACAUCGAGCCCUUGAUUAUGGGUCCCUAUGGAGAGAACGGCAAUAAAGCUCUGUUUGAUGACCACACCCCGCAGCUUGUAUCUAAGGUGUGGAUUGUCCGACAGGGUAUGACCGCUCCAAAAGGGUGGAUCAAAGUACAGGAAGCUGAUGAUUCAGAUCCCGCCUGGAGACACCAACUGUUGAAGACAUAG